AUGAGUCAUCUACUCUGGAAGCACUACUGGGAACACGAUGUCGACAAGUUUCGGCGUCUCCUGGCACCAGCCGGUUACAGCACCCAGUUACCGAGCAGAAGCCCAGUGGUAGCGGCCAGUGGUUCUUGGGGGAACAGUCCCGGCUCGCACGCUGCUGGCACGUCCCCCAAGACUACCAAGUCCCGCAAACCCUCUGGCUUUGGUCUCAACCUCGGCGGCGCCAGAGGUUCUGCCGGAGCGGCACUGGGAAAGGCCGAAGUCAACAGUCGCGACCACGCCGGCCCUCACCCUCCUUUUGCGCGCCGCGUCAUCCACCGAUCCCGAUGCCAUCCUCUACGUCAGGGCCCUACUCGAACACCCAGUUAUCGAUCUUCACACUCAGGGAUCUUGAGAGUGGCUGGGAAUGCCCUCCACAGAGCCCUGUAUGCCGGCAACAUCUCCAUCGCUCGCCUGCUGCUCGACAAGGAAAGGAGAAUCCUGACCGAACAGACUGCUGGAAAUGCCGUGGCGAAGGUUGGCCAGCUUAUCAAGACGAAGGACAACGAAGGAAACAGUCCAUUCGACGUGUACAACUCUACUAUUGGUACGCGCAAUAUCAAGGAGCCUGGGAAUUCGAAAAACGAAGGCGAGGCCCACGACAGCGAUUCAAUUCAGACGACGAUGACAACCUCGCAAUGUCCGUCUCUGCCCUUGAGCUGCGACAGAGGCGAGAGAUCUCAUGUUGGAGUACAGACUCUCGCUCGAGUGGCGACGAGAUGA